ACCUGUCACUAUUUAAAAAGCAUCAUUAUAACUGAUGUCGAUACUACUAGUUAAUUUCAACCCCAGCCUAUUAUGUAGAUUUUUUUGAUCAUGCUUGUACAGUUUUGUUCUGGGCAUUUUAGUUUUCUUUUUGUAUUUCAAAACCAUGCAGUUAUGCGUGAGUGUGCAUUACUGCUAUGAGGACCAUUGGUUUGUGGUUAGUUUGUUUGCUGAUGGCUUCAUGUGAUUUGAAUGCUUUUUACACAGCAUGGUUUAUACCAUGAACUUCCUCAUCUACGUCUUGUUUCCUGUCUCAAGUAGCUCUGUCCAAAAAAAAUGAUCACAUUCCUCCAUCAAGCAUGACGAACACAACAUCUAGCAGCUGCUGUGUGUUUGGCGAAGGUCAGUUCAUAUCUUUGUCUACAAUCAUUUGCAUUGAGUUCAUCCUGGGAAUGAUAGGCAAUGGUGUGGCUCUCUGGAUCUUCUGCUUUUGCCUAAAACCUUGGAAAAGCAGCUCCGUCUUCCUCUUCAACCUUGCCCUUGCUGACUUUCUCCUGAACGUGAUCCUGCCUUUCCGUGCCAGCUACUACCUGAUGGGGAGAGACUGGAUCUUCGGGGAUACCUUCUGCCGCAUCUCCCUCUUCAUGCUGGCCAUGAACCGUUGUGGCAGCAUCCUGUUCCUGACAGCAGUGGCUGUAGAUCGGUUCCUGCGGGUGGUUCACCCGCACCACCCUCUCAAUUCGAUGUCUGUCCGAAAGACCGUGUGUGCUGCCUGUGCGAUCUGGGCGCUGACCAUCUCCCAGACGGCCCACCUGAUAUUCUACAUGCACAUCACCACUAGUGGAAACUCAACCCAAUGUGAGAGCUUCCAGAUUUGCGAGACAUCCACCUUUUAUUUUACCUGGCACAAGUCUAUCUUCGUCUUCUCAUUUUACCUGCCUCUGGCCAUAAUCCUGUUCUGCACCAUCCGGAUCAUCACACAGCUGAAGAACAGGCAGAUGGACAAGGACCAAAGGAUCAAGAGGACACUUCACUUCAUCAUUGUGGUAGUAGUGGUGUUUUUCUUAUGCUUCUUUCCCAGCAACCUGUCCCAGGUGGUCAUCUGGAUCAAAGUCACCUUCUACCCUGGACCCUGUGAAGACUAUGAUGUCCUGCAAACAGUCUUCUUCUACUCGAUCAGCUUGACUUACCUCAACAGCACAUUAGAUCCCAUUGUCUACUACUUCUAUAGUCCAACCUUCAAGAAGAUCUGCAAGAAGCAGUUGAAGCGGCUGUGGAAGAAAGCAGAGGUACCUGGAGAGGAAGAUCAAACUCGAGACACGGGCUCUCAGACACUUACUCAGCUGUGAGGAGUUAAAUUGGACUUUUUUUUCUUCUCUUUUUUGCCGGGUUUAUAUUAAUCUCACUUCAGUAGGCAGCAUGCUAGCACACUCAGUUCAUAUGAGAUGGUUUUCAUUACAUUUGCAUUUGAGCUUCUAUGAUCUUGUAUGAAACAAAGCAAUCAUAAACAUACAUGUUUUAGGGCCUAUAUUUUAUAUAACUUAAAGUGACAUGGGUAGUUGAGAGGAAAUUAAAGCUUUGUUUUCUUGCCAUAGUUUUGUUUGUGUACUAAUUUACUUAGUACAAAACUUCUAUUUUUCAUAUUUAUUUGGUACAUGGCACUGUUGCCUCACACCUUUAGGAUUGGGGGGGCACAAUUUGACAGCAAAUUUUUAUUUAAUUUUGGUCAUAGUCUUUUGACUAAUGUCAUUUUGUUUGUCAUAAUCAUCUAAAUUAUAGUUUUAGUCUAGUUUUAGUUGACUAGAUAUGACUACAGUUGAUUUAGUCGGCUAAAAUUAAAAGUACAAUGUAUAAUGUUUAAAGUUUCCCUUCGAUUUCUGAAACUCAUUAUGUUCACCAAGAUGAAAUACCAAUGUUAUAGAAUGGUAUUAAGGGCUGACUGCGCAGAACACCGACAGAUUUCACUCUUAUUUGAAAGACAAACUUAAGUUUGUUUAUCUGGAAACAGAGUACUGUAAUAUCAGUAGUGCCACUAGUGCAAAAAUAAAAUCACAAGUGCAUAGGCUAUAAUGCCACCAGGCCUGCUCUCUCUGAAUAUUAAAAUAGAAAUAUAAAAAUAAAUAUUUGUAGACAGUUUAUUGGUGAUUUCGUGUUCGUUGAAGUUUCAGCUUUUUAACAACUGUAUGAAGUGAUAUUUGUUAUAUAAAUCAACUCAGGUGAAAAAAAUGUACGUUUUCAGGGUUGCCAAAUCUCAAAAAUGUGUCAAGACACUCGCUUUCAGACUUAAUGGAAAUGGAAUUUAUAUUUUACCAUUAUAAACCUAAAAUUAGCUACGUCAAAAGUGUUUUUUUACAUGGACCCCCCCCACAUUUCACAUAAAAUAUUAGUUCACCCAACGCUGUUUCUAUUGCUUCGCGAAAGAAUCCAUUCCACUUAAUCGAUAUGAGAAUACACAUACCACUGAAAGGCCACUCCGGGUUUUCGGGGUUACCAACAGCCUCACCACACACAAGUGAAGUGAAUCGUCAAAUGCAGGCCAUGUCAUGCCUGACCAUUGUGUGAAAUUAUGAAUAUUCUUAUUUUUAAACAUACAUUUGAGGGUCACUAUUACUCAGCACAGUGGCAGGUUGUGUUACAUCUAAAACUAAAUAAAAAAGAAUACACUAAAUAAAAAG